AUGCCAGUUUGGGUGCAUUACGGGGGUACAUGUGUGAAUGUUGCAAAAGACGGCAAUUGUCCGAAAGACAGGUUGAGCAAGAAAGUGAAAGCUUUACAUAUUGGCAUACCAAAGCGGUAUUUUUCAUCCAAAUGCCGUUCUGGGGACAUUGCUAUCGUCGAAGUGGAAGGAGAGUUUCACGAACUGUCUAGGAAGAAGGACUAUGCAUGCAUACCUUCCGCUACAACUAAGCUACGCGCGUCACUAGCUUCAGCUGGUUACGGAUACGAUCCGCUCAACACCGCCGAGCAAGAGAAAUAUCUUGAAAGGGUGUGGUUUCGAAAAGAACGAUUUUGCGAUCCUACGGUUCACGCAGGAAAAGACGCAUUUUGCAUUGUUGAGAAAUAUCAGUUUGCAUGCAAGGGAGACAGCGGAAGUGGAGUGAUGCAACCCGCAAAUGCUUACAAAGACUAUGUGAUGGGAAUAUUGUCAAGGGGUCUUGAUUGUAACGCCGUGGACGCUGCCAUCUCCAAAAAAAAUCAGAUUAAUCGAGAAUUCCGAGGCUCAGUGAUGACGGAUGUAAGGAAAUACGUACAUUUUAUUUGUUUCCAUGCGGGCAUUUGUGAGAAGAGUUUGGAUAAGAUGAAACUCAAAAAAGAAAAGAUGUAUGCGGUAUAUUGA